UUCCUUUUUAUACAUCAUUCGCCUCUCGGCACAUGGCUGUGUUUUGAUUUUUACGGAAACAAGCUAAUCUUUAUUAGGAUUUUUAUUGGAAAUUAUUUGAAAUUUAAGCCUUAAAAUGCCGAAAGUACGUGCAGACAAAAAAUCCCGAGUCCACACGGAUGUAGCCAAACAAGGUAUUGUUUUCAACAAGGACUUUGGCCAGCACAUCCUAAAGAAUCCCCUCAUCGUCACAUCGAUGCUGGACAAGGCCGGCCUGCGGCCAACGGAUGUGGUCCUGGAAAUCGGUCCCGGUACCGGUAACAUGACGGUGAAGCUGUUGGAAAAGGUCAAAAAAGUGGUUGCUUGUGAAAUCGAUCCUCGAUUGGUGGCAGAACUCCAGAAGCGUGUUCAGGGCACUCCAAUGCAAUCGAAGCUACAGAUCCUUAUCGGGGAUGUUCUGAAAGCAGAUUUGCCGUUUUUCGACUGUUGUGUUGCUAACAUGCCCUACCAAAUCAGUUCACCGUUCGUGUUUAAACUUUUACUACACAGACCGUUCUUCCGCUGCGCGGUGCUCAUGUUCCAGUUAGAAUUCGCUCAACGCCUGGUGGCCAAACCAGGGGACAAAUUGUACUGUAGAUUGAGCGUUAACACACAACUUCUGGCUCGCGUCGAUAUGCUGAUGAAGGUGGGAAAGAACAAUUUCCGACCCCCGCCAAAAGUGGAGAGCAGUGUGGUGCGAAUCGAGCCGAGAAAUCCACCACCUCCCAUAAACUACACCGAGUGGGAUGGUCUUACGAGGAUAGCUUUCCUGCGCAAGAAUAAAACGUUGGCGGCAGCAUUCAAGCAAACCUCGGUCAUGACAGCACUGGAGCAGAACUUCAAAAUGCAAUGUUCACUGAAGAAUCAAGAUUUGCCAGAGGGAUUCAGCAUCAAGGAAAAGGUGGAAGGCAUCCUGGCGAAGAUCGAUGCAGGUGCCAAACGAGCUCGGACCAUGGAUAUCGAUGACUUUAUGGCAGUCCUACAUGCGUUCAAUUCAGAGGGAAUUCACUUCAGUUAAAUAGUUGUUUUCUUUCAGAUUAAUUAAAUAGGUAUUACGAGAAGAGUAAUAAACUUUCAUAUAUUUAAACCGAUAAAA